AUGUCGAUUCGCAAACAUUUUGUGUUGGUUGUGUUCAGUGUGUGCGUUUAUGGCAGUUUGCAAUUGAUACCUUUGCCUGACUACAUCCAUCCAUGUUCAGAACUAAGUGACGAAUGUUUCACAAAAGCCACAAUGGAUGCUAUCCCAGGAAUAGUGAAGGGAAUCCCGGAGGCCGGGAUCCCGUCCUUAGACCCACUCUAUUUGGAGAAGAACAUCAGCAUGACGCUUCCCGGGAACUUGAAGAUGACCUUCCAUAAUGCUAAGCUGGUGGGAUUGAGUACCUGCAUACCGGAUAAAGUGUCAUCUCGUCGUAAGAAGCGCACGUUUGUGUUCGACAUGCACUGCAACUUCACCGUGAGUGGACAGUACAGUCUACUGGGCAGGCUGCUGCUCUUCAACCUGGAUACUGAUGGACAGGCCAAGAUCAAGAUCUACAACCAGCGUAUUCGCUUAGAGGUGAUAGAACGAGUGAUACUGAAAAAGAAUGGCGAGGGUCACUACAAGAUCAACUCAUACAAGUACAAGGCUGACUACGGAACAGACCUGAAGCUAAACCUCACCAACCUCAUCAGAGGAAACCCACAGAUCAGUGCGCAAGUACUUCAAGUCCUGAACGCUGAUUCGCAGACGUUAGCCAAAGACUUCGGUGGUCCCAUCCUAGACUACGCCAUAGACUACGCUAUGAAUGUCACACAGAAAUUCUUCGAUGCUUACACGUAUGACCAAAUAUCUUAUGUGCCUCUGACAGAAGACUUCUUCGAGAAGGAACAAGAAUAA